AUGGGCUCCGUGUCCAACCAGCAGUUUGCAGGUGGCUGCACCAAAGCGGUGGAGAAGGCGCCCGAGGAGGCGCCGGUGGACGUGGCCCGGGCAGCAGAACCGCAGUUGCUGCACGAUGCCCGCAUCAGUAAGUGGCUCAACGUGCGCAUGGGGUUUGGCUUCCCGUCCAUGACCGCCUGCGCUGGGGUCGCGCUCGACCCCCCAGUGGACGUCUUUGUGCACCAGAGUAAGCUGCAUAUGGAGGGCUUCCGCAGCCUGAAGGAGGGCUAGGCAGUGGAGUUUACCUUUAAGAAGUCUGCCAAGGGCCUGGAAUCCAUCCGUGUUACUGGCCCUGGUGGUGUGUUCUGUAUUGGGAGUGAGAGGCGGCCAAAGGGGAAGAACAUGCAAAAACGCAGAUCCAAAGGAGACGGGAGCUACAACUGUGGUGGGCUAGAUCAUCAUGCCAAGGAAUGCAAGCCACCCCAGCCCAAGAAGUGCCACUUCUGCCAAAGCAUCAAUCAUAUGGUAGCCUCAUGUCCACUGAAGGCCCAGCAGGCGCCCAGCUCCCAGGGCAAGCCAGCCUAUUUCCGKGAGGAAGAAGAAGAGAUCCACAGCCCUGCCCUGCUCCCUGCAGAGGCCCAGAAUUGA